CCAUGCCUCCAUAGACAGCGCAUAUAAAACUUGUUCCAGAUGCAUAUUUGGUCAGAUAUUAAUAUUAUCAUCAAAUCAUCAUUACUGGAGUAUAUCUCGUGAUUAGAAGUCAAACUAAACUCUUAUUUUAUCACUUCGGAAACUAAUUUUCCGUGUUUUGAAAUUCCCAAUGCCUUCGUGAGUCGUGACCAUUUCGAAUAUAUAUUCUCCGGUCCACAACUUCUCCUCUUUUUUCGAUCUCCAUUUUUCAUCAUCGUUUCAGAUGAUCCGAUCGAAAUAUAUAUGGCAGUAUCGAGCUUAGCAGAAUCAGUAAUAGUCACGUCCAUGGCUAUAAUAAGCAAUCCAAGACCAGGAAGAGUUUGUUUCUCCUACGCUGCAUACGCAAAGAAUAUCAUCGACCACCUCAAAUCCGUCGAUAUUCCGGUGGAGGAAGGGCUCUCCGACGUUGAAUUCUCCGCCGUCGAAUCCAAUUUGGAUUUCACUUUCCCUCCUGACCUCCGCUCUAUCCUCCGAGAAGGCCUUCCCGUAGGCCCCGGAUUUCCAAACUGGCGAUCGGCGUCUCCGCAACAGCUCGAAAUUCAGACCAAUCUCCCAAUCUUAGGUUUCUGUAACGAGGUUUCGAGACGCGGAUUCUGGAUCGAUUCGUGGGGAAAUAGGCCUGAAGAUGACGACGAGGCAGUGAUUUCGGCUAAGGAGAUUCUCAGGAAGGCUCCGGUUCUCGUCCCUAUUUAUCGCCAUUUCUACAUUCCGUCUGCGCCGUGUUUUGCCGGCAAUCCUGUCUUCUACGUGCAUGGCGUUGAAGUGAAGGUGUGGAGCUUCGACCUCACCGGAUUUUUCCAGCGGAUUGAUUUCAGGAGACGCGAUGAUUCAGCAGUUCUCCGGCAGUCUAGCAGCUUGAAUAAUGCGCCUGCGUGGGCGGCCACGGAGGCGCGGAGGAUCGAGUUCUGGACGGAGUUGGCGGAGGAACGGGAGAAAUCCGGUGCCGGAAAAUUAGGAAUGCGGUGGUGGGGAGAGGAUUUGGACGGGUGUUUGGGGGAGGUGGUGCGGCGGUUGAUGAACGGAGGGUGGAAGGAGGAGGAUGUGGCGGAGAUGAUGAUGAUGAACGGCUGUGAUCGUGAGAAAACGAACGGUGAGAUUAUUUCGGAUAGGGAAGGCGUUGCAAGUCACGUGAGGUUGUUAGCGAGGAGGCUGUUGCGUGCGGGAUGGAGCACGAAAGAUGUCGUGGAUGCGCUAGGUUUUUUGGAUGCUGAUUCUUCUGAUCUUCCAUGAUAUGCACAACAACCGUCGGUUUUGAUCGAGGGGAUUAAAACCGAAUCUACCACCUGUCCGUCUUAAUUAACUCUGUAAAUGGUUAUUCAUUUAUUUUUUAUCCAUAGAAAACAAGUAGAUUUAUUUUUUUUAUCAUUCUUUACUUUUCAUCUAUUUAUUUUAUACCAGAAACAAAGCAACUAUAUUACUAAUAAAUCAUUAGUCAAAAGGCUUACAAUACAGCCUCGAACAAUAUUGUAACUAAAACUAGAGAAUAUUACCC